AUGUCUAAACGCACAGCAGAUCUCGACGAAGAGCAAUCCGCCGCUCUAAAAGCCGGCCAGAGGCCUCUCUCCGAUGCCCCACCUGACGAAGCCGGAGAAUUUGAAGAUGAAUUCGAGGACGAGUUUGAGAGCGAAGAUGAAAUCUUAGAGGCCGGAGUGGAUGGCCGGCCAGAUGAGGAGAGGGAAGCUGAAGAAAAAGAUAUCUUAGAUGCGAUGGACGUCGAUAAGGAAACAUUCAUACCAGGAAGAACCAAGUUGGCGCCGGGCGAAACAUUGGCACCGGAUCCGUCCACUUACGACAUGCUACAUACCCUCAGCACACCGUGGCCAUGCCUUUCGUUCGACAUCGUUCGCGAUAAUCUGGGGGACAACCGAAAGACGUUCCCGGCCACUGUCUACGCCGUCGCGGGCACCCAGGCCGAAACGCCUCGUGCAAAGGAUAACGAGCUCAUGGUGCUCAAGAUGUCUGGGCUUGGCCGUAUGGAGCGAGACAAUGAAACGGACUCGGAGAGCGACUCAGACUCGGACGAUGAGUCCUCAUCGGACCCGAUCCUCGAGUCCAAGACAAUACCGCUUGGAUCGACGACAAAUCGGAUUCGAGCGCAUCAGGCCCCCAACCCAUCGGGCGACCACACAAGGCCCCCGCUGACAACUACGGCGACCAUGUUGGAAAACUCACAAGUAGUUAUACAUGAUGUGACACAGCAUUUGACAAGCUUCGACGUCCCUGGCACAAUCAUUUCCCCAUCAGCCUCGAAGCCUAUCUCAACUCUCCGAAUGCAUAAAUCAGAAGGUUAUGCGUUAGACUGGUCGCCUUUACAACCUCUGGGAAAAUUACUUACGGGUGAUAACGAUGGCCUGAUCUAUGCUACGACCAGGACAGAAGGCGGUGGCUGGGUUACAGACUCAAGGCCGUUUGUCGGGCAUACUUCUUCCGUCGAAGAGCUUCAGUGGUCACCCAAUGAAAGGAAUGUUUUUGCGUCCGCUAGUAGUGACGGCUCAGUGAAGGUAUGGGACGUGCGAUCGAAGUCUCGCAAACCCGCUGUAGACGUCAAGAUUUCCAACACCGACGUCAAUGUCAUGAGCUGGUCCAGACAGACUUUUCAUCUAUUAGCAACAGGUGACGAUGCCGGUCAGUGGGGUGUCUGGGAUCUGCGACAAUGGAAGCCCAGCACAUCUCAAUCGAGGCCGUCGCCUGUGGCUUCUUUCGACUUCCACAAAGAGCCGAUUACGAGUAUCGAAUGGCACCCGAGUGACGACAGUGUGAUUGCCGUGGCUUCAGCAGAUAGCACGCUCACGCUGUGGGAUUUGGCCGUUGAGCUCGACGUUGAGGAGAGUCGCGAUGCCGGGAUGGGUGAUAUCCCUCCGCAAUUACUUUUUGUGCACUACAUGGAUUCUGUCAAGGAACUGCAUUGGCAAGCGCAGAUGCCUGGAGCGGUGAUGGCUACAGGAGCUGGUGGUUUUGGUGUGUUCAAGACUAUUAGUGUUUAA